AUGGACAACCAAGAAGCCACGAACGCUACCAUCCUACUUAUGGGGCUCCGCCGCGGCGGCAAGCUGUCGAUUUGCAAAGUUGUCUUUCACAACAUGCAGCCGCUCGAUACCCUUUACUUGGAGUCGACCUCGAAACCAACGCUGGAACAGUUUCUGUCGCUUAUAGACCUUUCCGUGAUGGAGUUGCCGGGUCAACUCAACUACUUCGAGCCAACGUACGAUUCCGAACGUUUGUUCUCGCUGGUCGGCGCGUUGGUGUAUGUGAUUGACUCGCAAGACGAGUACUUGAACGCUUUGACGAACCUCUCAAUGAUCAUUGAAUACGCAUACAAGGUGAAUCCUACCAUCCACAUUGAAGUCCUCAUCCACAAGAUCGACGGGUUGCUGGAAGACUACAGAAUUGACGCUCAGAGAGAUAUUAUGCAGCGAACCGGUGACGAGUUGUUGGACUUAGGCCUUGAAGGCGUCCAAGUUUCCUUCUAUCUCACGUCGAUCUUUGAUCAUUCCAUCUACGAGGCAUUUUCAAGAAUUGUGCAGAAACUCAUUCCCGAAUUGCCGUCGCUUGAAAAUAUGCUAGACAAUUUGGUGGUGCAUUCCUCCAUCGACAAGGUGUUCCUCUUUGACGUGAACUCCAAAAUCUACGUGGCCACAGAUUCAUCACCGGUGGAUAUUCAGACGUACGAGGUGUGUGCAGAGUUUAUUGACAUCACUAUUGACUUGGACGACUUAUAUGUGGACAAUGAGCGUAAGACUGUCAAAGACAACGGCGUCAAGUCGAUCAGUUAUUUGCUGAAUGGCCUGGUGUUGUAUCUUAAACAAAUGAUUCGUGGAUUGGCCUUGGUGGCACUUAUAAGGAACGAUGAUGCCCCAGAAGAGAAGCAAGACAUGGACGAGGUGCUCACCAUCAUCGACUACAACGUAAGCUGUUUCAAGCAGGCCUUGGCCAAGAUGUGGGAGGCCGCAAAGCUUCCCGUAUAA